ACUUCCAGGAGACUUUCAAGAGAGUUGCCUCCCGCCCUUCCUCUCCUUGGCACUCACACAGGGGCUGCACUCCCCGGGGGUGACGCACAUGGGGCGGGCACAGGCCCGCGCCCACAGCGGACGCUGACUUUGCCUGGUUGGGCAAGGCUAAGGUUGCCCCGGGGGUAGGUUACUCAUCUGGGGUUCAGGUAAGAGGGCCCUGGCUGGGAGGUGGCACACCCAGGGGGGACGCGGAGGAAGAAGGUCGCAGCCAUGCUCCCCGCCAGGAAGGCGCAGGUCCCGACAGUGACUCAAAGCGCAGGCCAGCUGCUGCCGCUGCUACUGCUGCUGCUGCUGUUUAACCAAGGGGCACAGGCCCUGGAGUGCUACAGCUGUGUGCAGAGGGCGGACGACGGCUGCAACCCGCACAGGAUGAAGGUGGUCAAGUGCUCGCCAGGCGUGGAAGUCUGCACCGAGGCAGUGGGGGCUGUGGAGACCAUCCACGGGCAGUUCUCGGUGGCGGUGAGGGGCUGCGGCUCGGGACUCCCCGGGAAGAAUGACCGCGGACUGGACCUUCACGGGCUCUUCGCCUUCAUCCAGCUGCAGCAGUGCGCCCAGGACCGCUGCAACGCCAAGCUCAACCUCACCUCCCGCGGGCUGAACCCCGCAGGCAACGAGAGUGCCUACGAGCCCAACGGGGCCGAGUGCUACAGCUGCGUGGGGCUCAGCCGGGAGCAGUGCCGGGGCUCGGCGCCGCCCGUCGUGAGAUGCUUCAACGCCAGCGACCGCGCCUACACGGGCUGCUUCGAUGGCAACGUCACCUUGACGGCAGCGAAUGUGACGGUGUCCUUGCCCGUGCGGGGCUGCGUCCAGGACGAGGCCUGCACGCGGGAUGGGGUGACGGGCCCGGGGUUCACCCUCAGCGGCUCCUGCUGCCAGGGCCCCCGCUGCAACUCCGACCUCCGCAACAAGACGUACUUCUCCUCCCGGAUCCCUCCCUUAGUCCUGCUGCCCGCCUCCACCUCCCCGGCCCCCACCACUCGGGGCUCCGCCACCUCCUCCCGCCCCCCGUCUACCCCAGCCCCGACCACCCCCACUUCUGCCACCAAACCCACCCCGGCCUCAGCCAGCCAGCCUCCUCCCCACGCCGCCGAACCCGAGGUCGCCCCGGAAAAGGACCGAUGGCUGGCUGGAGGGGCCAUGGGCCACCAGGACCGCAGUAACGUGGAGCAGUACCCCGGAAAGGGUGGGACCCCGAACCCCCAGAGUAAAGGCUCUGGAGCUGCUGAGGCUGGUUUGGCGACUCUCCUGGUGGCCGUGGCUGCUGGCGUUCUCCUGUGAGUUUCCUCCCUCCUGUACUGAUCCCCGCGGCAUCGGGGUCCCCGGCCCCGCCCCUUCCC